AUGAAUAGAGUGAAUAAACAGAAGCUUAUUCUGGAUGUGUGUAGGUUGAAUAAAGUUGGGCUUGGUGCUUUUCUUGAAUCAAAAAUAAGGGGAGUUAAAUUGAAGGAGGUUAUGAACACUAUGUUUUAUGGGUGGGAGUACUACAGUAGUAUUAUUGUGGAAGGUAGAAUUCUGGUUAUUUGGAAUGCUAAUGUGGUGCAGCUACAAGUUUUACAGGAAAGUGAGCAACUUUUACACUGUCAAGUUCGGAUUCAUAAUCAAAAGGAUUUCUGUAUUACUUUUGUUUAUGGUUCGAAUAAUAUGGAAAUGAGGAGAUCCUUAUGGAUGGAUUUGGAGCACUUAUCGAAGGCUAGUCAUGCUUGGUUGGUUCUUGGUGAUUUCAAUGCUACUUUUGGUCCGAAUGAUAGAUUGAGGGGUCGUCCGAUCACUGUCAAAGAAAUGGAAGAUGCUAGUCAUUGGCUUGAUCUUGGAUUGGUGGAAGAAAUGAAAACUAUGGGGCCGUUUUAUACCUGGUCCAAUAACCAAGAAGGUGGGGAUCGUAUUUUUUCCAAAUUGGAUAGGGUUUUCGCUAAUGAGGCUUGGAUGGAUGAGCAUCCCUUAGCUUCGGCAUGGGUUCGGUGGGAGGUGGGGUCUGACCAUUCCAUGUUAGUGAUUAAGCAGCUGCCUGAAAUUAAGGUUGGGGUGCGACCCUUUCGCUUUUAUAACAUGUGGAUUGUGCAUCCUCAAUUUAGAGAAGUGGUCCUUAAAAACUGGAAUCAGCCUCUUAAUUUCCUUGGAAGGGGUUUAGACCAUAUUAACUGGAAGUUACUUUGGCUUAAGCAUACGUUGAAGAGCUUUAACUGGAAGGUUAUGGGGGACGUGGUGAGUAAUUACGAGAGAACCAGUGUAGCUUCAGGCAACAUUGAUUUUCAUGCAAUUGGGCAGGGGUCUGUUCUGAGUUGUGAGGACCAGCUGGGUUUGAUUAAACCUUUUACUGUCAAGGAGGUGAAAUUAGCAAUGUUUAGCAUCCAUUCUUUGAAAAGUCCUGGUCCGGAUGGGUUUGGGGUUGGUUUUUUUAAAGCUUUAUGGAAGGAUAUUGGGAAGGAUAUUACUAGGGCUGUUUUGGAUUUCUUUGAUUCCACUAGUAUACCUCUCUCUCUGAAUAGCACUUUGCUUACUCUUAUUCCUAAAGUUGAUCACCCUACUAAUGCUUCUGAGUUUAGACCUAUUGCUUGCUGCAACACCUUAUAUAAAUGCAUUUCCAAAAUGCUUUGCAAUAGACUUAACCUUGUUCUUCCUGUUUUGAUUAACCAAAAUCAAGGGGCGUUCAUUAAAAAUAGGUUCCUUGCCCAUAACGUCCUUAUUCUCCAAGAUUUGUUAAAAGGUUAUAAUAGAAGAAACAUUUCUCCUCGUUGCAUUAUGAAGAUAGAUAUAAGCAAGGCUUAUGAUUCUAUAGAUUGGAAUUUUGUGGAGAAUCUUCUUAACGCUUUGUGCUUCCCCAAGAGAUUUAUUAAAUGGAUUAUGGUUUGCCUAAGAGGUUCUUCUUAUGCUUUGGUGUUGAAUGGUAGCAUUCAAGGGAGGUUUCAAGGUGCUAGAGGGCUUAAACAAGGAGACCCAAUUUCUCCCCUUCUGUUUGUAAUAGUGAUGGAUUAUUUAACUAGAUUGCUGUUAAAGACUUCUAGGGAGAGAGAAUUCAAGUUUCACCCCUUAUGUAAGUCUUUAAACUUGGUUAGUCUUUGCUUCGCUGAUGAUCUCUUACUAUUUUGCAAAGCUAACAAGUCUUCGGUCAGGCUAAUUCAGCAGGCGUUUUCAGAUUUUACAACCACUUCUGGUUUGUCUAUCAAUAAAUCAAAGUCCAGAAUUCAUCUCGGGGGUCUGGUUGCAGGGGAGAAGGAAAAUUUGCUGCAAGAUUGUUGUCUCCAAGAAGGGCAGUUUCCCUUGAGGUAUUUGGGUAUUCCAUUGAGACCUACUAAAUGGAGGGCUUGUGAUUGUGUUAUUUUGGUUGAUAAGAUGAGAGCUCGGUUGAAAGGGUGGUCUAGUCACCACUUAUCUUAUGCAGGCCGGGUUCAGUUGAUAAACUCAGUCUUGUUGGGCAUUCGGUCUCAUUGGAUGAAUAUCUUUAUUCUUCCUCAAAAAGUGGUGAAAGCCAUUGAUAGCUUGUGUUUGAAAUUUCUGUGGGGAGAAAAAGAUAACAGAAGUAAAAUGCAUAGAAUUUCUUGGGAGCAUGUGUGCAGACCGAAGUGUUAUGGAGGGUUGGGGUUCAAAGAUAGUGCUUCUUGGAACAAGGGUGUUUCAAUUUGGGAUUAUCGCCUGAAGCAGGACCCUAGCUGGUACUGGAGGAGGAUCAUCAAGCUUAGUCACAUUUGGUCUGAAGCUGUGUUAAAAACAGCAACCAGAAAGGGUAGAAUCCAUAUGAGCACUUUGUACUCUGUAGCUUUUCCUGGAGAUAUGGUGUAUUAUGGUAAGUCUGUCUGGUGUAAGCUUUCUGCCCCUAAACACCAGUUUAUUCUUUGGAUGGCAGUGAACCAGAAGCUGAAUACAAGAGAUUGGCUUCAUGCUUGUCAUAUUCAACUUCCAUCUACUUGCUGCCCUAAAAGUGCUUCUUGCUGUCCAGACUUGGCUGAGAGAAUUUUCUUGGCCUUCUCAGUUCAGGGAGUGGACCAAGUGGCUGGCUGUGCCUCGGGAUGGCUGGUUCGCUUGGGUGAUUCAUGCAACUUGUGCAGCCGCGGUGUACCAUAUUUGGUUGAACAGAAAUCAGUGUUGGCUUAA